ACAUUUUAAAAAAUAGAAGAAGAAAAAGAAAAAAAGAGGUAAAACCGAGAUGGAGGAGUUCCAAUCUCCUAAAGUACGAUCUUACAAAUCGUACGAAGGAGAUCGGAACCUCCAACUGGUUAAUCCUACUGAUUUAAAACAAGUCAGAGGAAUUUAUGUUGUUAGAGAAUCAAAGCGUAAUCGAUCUCCGAUGACAUCGGAUCUAUGGCGCAAGAUUUCUUACAGGGACUUGCCUGUUAGACCCAGAAGAUCUUCUCAUUCAACAUCAUUAAAAGGAUGGUGGAACGAUCCUGAGAUAAAGAGAAAGAGACGAGUGGCGAAAUACAAGCUAUAUUCAGCCGAAGGAAAAAUGAAGACAUCUUUGAGGAAGAGUUACAAAUGGAUUAAGGUCCAAUGCUCGAAGAUUAUUCAUGGAAUAUAGCUUUCUAUACGGUCUAUUAUUUGUGUAGUAGUUUGACAUAAAAAGACUAACAAACUCAUGUAUGUAUUUAAUUCAAUUUAUUUUAUUUUAUUCUGUUAAUCGUGAUCAUUUUGUAUUUUG